UACAUCACAUGUAUUACAGUGAAAUUCAAACUUUUCCUAGCGGUUAUCAUUGAACAAUAACUAUGCAACAACAGUGGUAAGAAAGUCAUGCGAAUGCAUUUGUUUUAAUUGCACAGCAUUUCCGGUACGUAGCAUAUAUGCCGUUAGGUAGCUGAGAUAUGCUGUUGACGCUCAACAGACGGAGGAUAAAGUCAUCUCUUACUGGACCUUGAUUUUAGUGUUCAACACAAACAGUUUACUCUCCUUUUUACUUUAAGAAAGGCUGUUUGGUAACUUGCUACAUUAAAACCUUGUUAACAUUUUAACGAUCAUAGUUUAUCUUUUCCUUAACACAGCAUUUUAUGUUGGACCAUAGUUAAGCUGGCGUUCUUGUUUUACUCAUGAAGAAUCAUCACUUGAAAAGACAACCUCUGGAUUUACUUUGGUCAAGCUUAUCAUCAUGUUGUCUUACUGUGUCAGAAACGUCCUAUCAAGGCGCCUACAGGUAUUGAAAACCUCCCAGUGCAGAAUAACACUGACCCUGCAGCACAGCAGGAGACACUGCAGCACAUCAUCCACUGAUCAUUUGGAUCAGGUCAGGACUUUGCUGCAGCUCUGCGUGGACAGACACUAUGUUUCACCUGGUCAGACUAACACGGAGCUGUUCCAGCGUGGGCUGAGCUGCAGUUAUGGACCUCUGGGCAUGGAGCUGAGGAGAAACGUGCUGGAGCAGUGGUGGCACUCUGUGACCAGGUCCACAGCUCAGGUGUUUGGGAUCAACACUCUGAGCAGCAGCAUCAGCAGGGACACAGCCACAGAUGGACGGGGACAACUGAGGGUUGUUGAGUCUGAACAUUUAAAACACAUACUUGAACAGCGAGAACUGAGCAGGGAGCAGCUCAUCCAGAAGGUACAGACGCUCAUUCAGGGGUCUCCAUCUCUGAGGACAAACUUUCUACAAGGUGCCUUGGAGCAGGCCGUCCCGGCGUUGGCACUGGUAAACAGGAAGCUGCCCUUCGGCCUGGCUGAGACUGGUCUGUGUUUCCAGCCCUCAGAUGGCUCUGGUUGCCCCGCUGAGGUCACCCAGACGUCCCUGGUGUGGUUCUGCUCUACUCGUACCUCUUCCCAGUGGCUGGAUCACUGGAUGCGACAGAGACUGAAGUGGUGGAGGAAAUUUGCCCUGUCUCCAUUGGACUUUAGCAGCAGAGAUGUCCCAGAGGAGGAACUUGAGGAGGCGGCGUCUCGUGGUGUGAGGAUCAUCUACAGUUUCCCAUGGGGAGAGGAGCCCCUGGAGACGCUAUGGAGCAGAGGAAACAUGGAGCUGCUGCAGACACACAAAGGAGUCCAUACCAAACUACAGCGUCGAGAUGGUCGUAAGUCAGUUCCUCACGUCAUCUCAAUAACCGGGAACAUGGACCGUGGUGUGAUGGCCUUUCUGUCCAACUCGCUCCAGCAGCUCAAGAAAGAAGACAGCAAGCAGAAAGUGCAUCAGAGAAAGGUUCUGAAGUUGCAUCCAGUUUUGGCUCCAGUCAAAGUGGCUUUAGACAUUGGCAGGGGAGCCACUGUGGAGCUGAGGCAGGUGUGUGAAGGGCUGCUGCAGGAGUUUAUGGAGGCUAAGAUCUCUGCGUGGCCUGGGUAUCUCGAAACUCUGCCAAUGUCAAUGGAGCAGCUGAACGCAAAGUAUGAUGAGAUGGGAGUGCUUUUCACUGUGGUGAUCAGUGAGAACACGCUAGAGAGCGGCCUCCUUCAAGUCCGCAGCCGAGACACCACCAUCAAAGAGACCAAGCACAUCUCUGAGAUCAAGAACUUUCUCUCCAGAUACAUUUCGGCAGCCGACAACAUCUGAAUGGACUUUUGUACCUGGAAGAGAUGCAAAGCUUAGGCAGCACAACAUUCAGACUGUCCUUUUAGUUGCUAAAACAAAAAACUAUCGCACAUCUACAAGUCAGGGACUUCCCUGUGAGGACUAAUGUUGCUGAGCAGAGCAUUUAAUGGAGAAGAAUCUUCUUCUGAAUAAUUCCUGGCUCAAUGUGACGCAAUUAGGAAUUGUGGAUGUUUGAUUUGUUUCGGUAUAUUUGUCUCAUGGGUGGCCAUUCUGUACCUCGUCUUUAAAGGCUAAGAAACUAUUGAACUAUAGUGAAAAGGAGAUGUGUGCAUGUACCCUCAGAUUUCUGUUGGGUAUGACUAAUGUAUUCUCACUCAUCCUGUAGCCUCCUUUCAGUACUUGUUAGACAAAAAUGUAAAUGACUUAUGUUUUUACUGUGUGAUGAGGGGUGCCGUAGCAUUGUUCCGACCUCUCAUUGUUCCGACCUCUCAUUAGUCCGACGUCCCGUUGUUCCGAUAUGUGAUUAUUACUGUAGCCUAUUUGUGUACCAUAGAGGAUCAGCAGACGCAACAAAAGUAGGCUACUGGUCGAGAUACAUGUGUCAUAGAGAGGAGAGAAUGAAACACCAUAACCUCCUGUUAUUAACUCUGCGGUCCGGGUUGUGUGGGGAGCUCUCCGUGGUGCUGAACGGCUCCCGGCGGGCGUAUUUCUGCCUUGAUGGUGCGCCACGACCGGCUCUGGGUCAGGUGGGAAAAGCUUGAGGCGGAGCAGGCUCACGGCUUAUGUGUUUGCCACUUUCUUUUUCAUUUUAACCCACACCAUGAUCUUUUCCUGACCCUAACCAAGUGGUUUUUGUGCCUAAACCUAACCAGACCUUAACCACAGGGCAUCAUGAUGAUUUUGGAACAACGGGACUUCGGAACAAUGGGUUUAAUAUGGUCGGAACAAUGGGAUGUCGGACCAAUGGGCAGACCCCUGAUGAGGUCUGUCACUGUCUGAAUUCAACAGGGUGGCAUUAACAGAGAAUGAUAGGAAUAAACGCAUGGUAUGGUUAUGUCUGUAUGGCUUACUUUCUAUUAAAAUAUUCAAAACUUCUCUUUCA